ACCUGUUAUUUCGGAAAAAGUUCCUGAGUGAAAAUAUUGUACUUUUUUAGGGAUUCUUGGGAGGAUAUUUUCUAUUUUUGUAUACAAGACAUACUUAAAACUUUUCAAUUACACAGGAUAUAAAUGCCUUAAUAUCGAGAGAGCAAUGGGUCUCUGUAGUUCCUGUUUCAAUGGAUCAUCUGGUUCGGAAGAGUUGGUUACUCCAAGUGCUGAAGAGCGUAGGCAGUUGCAAAUUGAAGCAGCGGAACGUAGGCGCCAGGAGAAUGAAGCCAGGGGUAUAAAAGACGUGGAGAAAGUGAGAAGGCAGCAAAUGCUUCAGGAAAAGAAAGACAAUCAGCAGGGAGCAAUGGGAGAGCCGGUGUUGAAAUGGCAAUCUGGCUGAAAAGGCAAAAGAAAUCCAUGUUCAGCAUCCCCGACUCCCACAAAAACACUGGGAAAUCGCACUCAAGAAUCCUGAUCUACUACACAAGUUCACUUGAAGACAUGCUGUUGAGAUAUAUUUUGUGAUCCUCCUUACUAUUUAUACCUGUAUGCUUAAAUUUGAGAGUGAAAAACGCAUUUUUUCCAA